CUUAGUGUUCCAUACUAAGGGACACUUUGACUAGGGAGUAAACAUGGGGAGGAGAACUACAUACUUUUUCAUCCUCCAUAUUUCAUGGAUCUUAUGUGAAAAUGUCUUAUCUCUGCCUACACCAAGAGUUUUAGAAUACGAUGUGGAUGGUGGAAGGGACCUGGACAUCUUUGAUAUCAAUGAAGAGGCUGGGUUAAACCUGGUGGAGGGGGAUAUUGAGCUUGAUGAGAAACAAGCCCGGAAUUCUAUAAUAGGGGAUCAAUACAGAUGGCCAAAGACUGUUCCCUACUACUUUGAGGAUGACUUGGAGAUCAAUGCAAAAGGUGUUAUCCUGAAGGCCUUUGAACAGUACCGGCUGAAGACCUGUAUUGACUUCAAUCCUUGGGAGGGAGAGCAGAACUACAUUUCCAUUUUCAAAGGGAGCGGUUGUUUCUCCUCUGUGGGUAACCGACAUGUGGGGAAACAGAGGUUGUCCAUCGGGACCAACUGUGACCGCAUUGCGACCAUCGAACACGAAUUCCUCCAUGCACUGGGUUUCUGGCAUGAGCAGUCACGGUCGGACCGCGAUGACUACGUCACCAUCAUGUGGGACCGCAUCUCUGAGGGUAAGGAAAACAACUUCAACACGUACAAUGACACCACGUCCAGUUCUCUGGGUGUCCCCUACGACUACGGUUCCAUGAUGCACUACAGUAAGACUGCGUUCAGGAACGGUACCGAGCCCACAAUCGUCACCAAGAUCCCCGCCUUCGCCGAUGUCAUCGGCCAGCGCAUGGAGUUCAGUGAUAAUGACCUGCUCAAGCUCCGGCGCCUCUACAACUGCACACGCUCCUCCACUUUCCUGGACACCUGUGACUUUGAGAGGGAGAACAUCUGUGGUAUGAUCCAAGGGCCGGGGGACCAGGCAGAAUGGACCAGGGUGAUCCAGGCGCCCGGCGGGCCCAACACGGACUACUCCAACAUGGGCAAAUGCACUGGCUCAGGCUACUUCAUGCACUUUAGCACUGCAACAGGCAGACCAGCAGACACAGCCAGGCUGGAGAGCAGACUGCUCUACCCCAAGAGAGGCUACCAGUGCCUGCAGUUCUUCCUCUACAACGGUGGUGGCGCCAACGAUCAGCUGGUGAUCCUUGUCCGAGAGUACGACGAAGCCCACCCCAACGGGACCCUGCGUGUUAUUCAGCCCAUAUAUGCACCACCUCAAGAUCUAUGGCAACUGCACCACGUGAGCCUGAACGUGGCCAAGAAGUUCCGGGUGGUGUUCGAGGGCAUCAAGGGUGACGCCCCCUCCACAGGUGGUCUCUCCCUGGAUGACAUCAACCUCUCCGAGACUACCUGCCCCGACCACGUGUGGCGGGUGAAGAACUUCAGCCACGUCAUGGAGACCACUCCUAACAACAAACCCAUCUACAGCCCCCCGUUCAAGUCCAGAGAGGGCUACACCUUCCAGAUGGGGCUCUACCCCAGUGGGAAGGAGGGCUACCCGGGGGAGCUUUCUGCCUACGCCCACCUGGUGACCAUGACCGGUGACACGGAGGUGCGGAAGUGGCCGUGCCCGUGGAAACAGAUGACCAUGAUGCUGUUUGACCAGAACCCAGACAUCAUGAGGCGUAUGAACAACCAGCGCAGUGUCACCACCGAUCCUACUAAGAAACUCAAUGAGACUUCAGAGCUGUUCUUCUGGGAUGACCCUCUUAAGGUGGGCGUUGAAGUGUCAGAGGCGGACGGGACCAAAUAUUUUCGUGGGCCGGGUGCCGGGACAACCGCAUACCUCACCCAUGGCAGGGCCAAGAGCAGGGACUUCAUCAAGGGGGGAGAUGCCAUCUUCCUGCUUACCAUGGAGGAUGUGUCACAUCUUACGGUGACCCAGCCCGUACCCUCCUCCACCAUGCCACCAGUCACCACGAUUACCACCGCCAUAUUGCCACCUACUGACCCCUGCACUAAGGUCACAUGUGGGAAUGAGGGAGUCUGUGUGGUGGAUGCUGAAAAUGCUGUUUGCAGGUGUGCAGUUGGUGAUGACUGGUGGUACUAUGGAGAGAAUUGUCAGUAUCUGGGCUCCACCCAGGACACGAUGACCACAGCACUUAUAGCCUCUUUCUCUGUGCUGGGUGGCAUGUUGGUGGUGACUGCGGUCAGUGUGGUGUGUGUGAAGAGGAAGUACAAGAACAGCGGAGGUGUAGGAGACAGGGGCAUCACCAUGUCCAAUGUCAGCGUCACAGGGAUGUAAUGUGUUUUUUCCCCUGCCAGCACCAAAACUACUCAUGGCCAGCAUUAAGUAGAUGAAGAAGUUUACUGCAAAAGCUACAACUCCUUCAAAUAUAAAAUUACAAAAUAUCUACUGGAAAUUCCACUUAAUGCCUCAUCCCAAUAAUGAUCUGCCUAUCAGCCAUGUAUUUUGAUUAGCCUGUUCAUUUUACUUGAAUUUUCAUUUUUCUUUGUGUAAAUGUAAAGCUCAAAUUAUUUGUUUAUCUGUCUUGAAAAUCUGAUUACUUUUCUUGUGUAAAAUAUUUUUUUUUAAUUUUUAUGUUUAAACAUUUGAAAGGGCGAAGUGUGUUACAAGCCUCCCUUUUUUAAAAUUUAUUUUCUACCUCUCCCGCAGAGGUUAUUUUAGUUUACCUUAAAACAAAACAUCCCAUUGUUUUGUAUUUUCUUGGGUGCAAAUUUUAAAAAAUCAUAAAAGUUUAGAGAGAUAAAUAUGCUAUGAAGUGUACCUACAGUAUUGUUCAGGGCAUAAUUAUGCUACAUUAGUGUUGCUGUCAUGUCAUUUUCAUCAUACCAGAGUCUUAAUCGUUUAAAUGGAGACAAUUAAAUCAGAAAUAUGUUUAAUACGAUUUUUCUUUAGUUGCAGGUGUUAGGGGUAUAACUAUAAUAAUAGUGGUUCUAUGGUUAGUCUGAUAAGAAACAAAUGAGAUGCUAAUAUAAACAUUUUACAAUAUCGACCUCUUCUGGUCAUAAGGUGCACAUACACCUGUAUGAUUUUAGAAUUAGGGCACUAUUCAAUCCGUAGCACUGAAGUUCCGUGUUGUAGCCCGAUUGACAUUUAAAGGCAAUGUUCCUGCGUUAGCAGAGACUGCAUUCACGGUAAACGCUAUAUAUGUCAGCUCAAUUGGAAAUUACCAUUACAUUUCAAGCGUGCUAUAGCACCAAACUUCGGCUAUACAGAUUGAAUAGAGCCCUUACUCAAACUAUAGCUAUAGUAUGACAGCGGCGAACAAUAAAGAGACUAUUAUCCUGCAUUUCUUGAUAACAGUAAUGUUGUAAAAAUUGUACAUUUUAAAUUGUAUAGUAAAGUCUAAUUGAAUGCUAUCAGCUGCA